AUGGCCGCUGCGAUCGCCAGCUCCCUCAUUCGGCAGAAGAGGGAGCGGGAGCGGGAGAAGGCGAAUGCCUGCCGCUGCACAAGCAGUCCGAAUAUUUGCAAAGCAGGGGACAGGGGACCCUGUGAGAAACCGAGCAAGCUGAACGUGUUCUCACGCGUCAAACUCUUUGGCUCUAAGAAACGGAAGAGAAUAAGGCGACCAGGUGUGCUCUUGAGUGUGAUUUCUCGACAUAACACAAAAACUGUCAUCAUCACAAUCAUCACCAUCACCAUCACCACCAACUCUUCGAACACCACGAACACUUCCAUCCUAUCCCAUUUUAAAUGUGACGACCUCGGAGUAAUUACACCUCUGUCCAAAUUGUGAUGGUAUAGUAUAAGAAAUACAUUAUUUGACUAUCUAUCCAUCAAACUGUCGUGCUCCUGCAAGUCCAUACACUCAUCAAUGAAUUACCUCACUCUAACACUUAAGACACUGCCAUCAUCGGAUAAGAGCACAACACAUUCACACUGCCAUGUUUCUGUUGCGCAUGAAAUUAUCAUCUUAACAAGAAUGAAAUUCAAAACACAGUGUCAGUGUACAGUAUCCAGACAGCUAGAUCACCUGUUUUUGAAACUAUGAAUGAGCUUGAUAUUGCAUGGCCGGCCAUCACUAUCCCAGGUACCCAUCACACUGUUUUGGGUUUGUGUGAUGUCUAUGGGAUGCCUGAGGUUCCUCGGGUGGUUUACUACUGACUGUGUGUGAAGCAGUAGCAAACUAGCUAGUAGAGUUGGACUAUAGACUUGGUAUAUGUCUUUUUUAUUAUCUCCUCUCUCCUUCUCUCUUCCCUCUCCUCCUGUUCUCACGUUCUGCCCUGUUGUCUCCACAGAGCCCCAGCUCAAGGGGAUAGUGACGAGGCUGUACAGCCGCACAGGCUUCUGCCUUCAGAUGCAGGCAGAUGGAACCAUCGAUGGAACCAAGGACGAGGACAACAGCUAUGGUAGGACUAUUUGUAUUUGACUGUGUUUUUGCCUUGAAUUCGUUCAAAUUUCAGAUGAUUGUGAUAUUGAAUUCAAGAAGAGAGAAUAGUCGGCUUCACUUCUUUUGCUCAACAUUUUCUGUAGCUCUAUGUUCCCUAUUACAUCUCUGGUAGAAUGUUUCCCUUAUACAGUCUACACUCAGAAAAAAAAGUGCUAUCUAGAACCUAUAACGGCUCUUCGGCUGUUCCCAUAGGAUAACCCUUUGAAUAACCCUUUUUGGUUCCAGGUAUAACUCUUUUGGUUCCAGGUAGAACCCCUUUGAGUUCUAUGUAGAACCCUUUACACAGAGGGUUCUACAUGGAACCCAAAAGAGUUCUACAUGGAACCAAAAAGGGUUCUACCUGGAACCAAAAUAGUUCUACCUGGAACCAAAAAGGGUUCUACCUGGAACCAAAAGAGUUCUACCUGGAACCAAAAAGGGUUCUACCUGGAACCAAAAGAGUUCUACCUGGAACCAAAAAGAGUUCUACCUGGACCCAAAAGUCUUCUACCUGGAACCAAAAGUGUUCUACCUGGAACCAAAAAUGGGGACAACAGAAAAACCCUUUUUUCUAAGAGUGUACAACCCAUCCUUUCUUUUGGAUUCCACAUUGCAGCUGUGUUCAACCUCAUUCCUGUUGGGCUGCGAGUGGUGGCCAUCCAGGGGGUUCAGACCAAGCUCUACCUAGCCAUGAACAACGACGGCUUCCUUUACACUUCGGUGAGUCUCACUUUACAUUUUAGCAGACGCUCUUAUCCAGGGUUAAGUGCCUUGCUCAAGGGCACUUCGGCAGAUUUUUCACCUAGUCGGCUCGGGGAUUCAAACCAACAACCUUUCAGUUACUAGCCAAACACUCUUAAUUGCUAGACUACCUGCCGAAUUCAUUGGGUCUCCUACACACUUUUCCUAGCUAGGUUUCCAUGUGGCAGGUCGUAUAUCACAUUAUAAACUGGCUGGUUCGAGCCCUGAAUGCUGAUUGGCUGACAGCUGUGGUAUAUCAGACCUUAUACCACAGGUAUGACAAAAUAUUUAUUUUUACUGCUCUAAUAGGUAACCAGUUUAUAAUAGCAAUAAGGCACCUCAGGGGUUUGUGGUAUAUGGCCAAUAUACCGCAUUGUGUUUUGCCUAAGAACAGCCCUUAGCCGUGGUAUAUUGGCUAUAUACCACAAACCCAGAGGUGCCUUAUUGCUUAAGUAUACUAUUACCUGUGUUACUGAGCUAAUUGAUUACGUUGAAGGUCACCUUAACUGCCAUGUUAAUUAUAUUUAAGCAUCAAUUGUUGGUGUGAAAACCAAAGUGACUGGAGUGAUGACUAAGGUCAGUAGUUGUGCAGUAGUUGCUGCUGUGAGUGUGGCAGUGGCAACCACAUUGUGUUUUUAACUUGUAAUAGUGAUCUUGUCACUUUGUUUAUGUCCCCAUUGGUAACCUGGGGGCUAUCUUUAUGAGAGUGAUGGUUUGUAUUCUGUGGAGUUGCAAGUUACCAUGGAGACACAUGAGUAUGGAAAUGCUAAUGUCAACCCUCUGAAGUUGGGAUUAUUUCAGCUCUGAUGAGGUCAUUUCGCAAUGUGGAUGGAAAAAUAAAGCAUGGGCUGAAUUUCAAACACUGCAUUUAGAUUCACUCUGUUUAUUUAGCUAAGUUGCCUGAAGCCUAGCCUGUGUGUGUGUGUGUGUGUGUGUGUGUGUGCGCGCGUGCGUAUGAUUGGAUGUGUGUGUGUGUGUGUGUGUGAGUGUUAUCACCAUAAACAUUGUUGUCUCUGGAUAUCUCUUGCCAGAAUGAGGUUUUGUAUCGAUCUUUGCCAAUGAAAGUAUUGACCUUUGUCUGGCAAUUGAAUGAGUCUGUUUUCAAACUAUGCAGUUGAAAAGUAAUCAGCUCGCCACCACAAUCUGAGCGAGCUGUAAGUGUGAUGGGAUGGCUUAUGGUGGCUCCAAUAGUCUGAGAUUACCAUCAUAGGCAUGUUCACACAGUAUGGCAAGCCAGUUCAAUUCAGCUCGUCAGUCAAAUGAGGUUUUCACAACUCAAUUCUGAAAGUGAUCAGUUGUAAGGGACCUCUUACUGUAGAUUUGCAGCUGGGCCCUUUGGGGCAGGCCUAUGCUGAUUUGUAAGCUGUGCACGCAAAAGUCUCCCAACCAUAGAAAUGGAAUUGGUCCCAACUUUUAGUUCAGCCUUCUGUACUGCUCUGGACAGAUUCUCGUAGUGCUUCACGCCAGGUAGUUAUUCCAUUCUCUCCCUCUCUCUUUCUCUGCCUCUCUCUUUCAAUUCAAUUCAAUUUCAAUUUAAGGGCUUUAUUGGCAUGGGAAACGUAUGUUAACAUUGCCAAAGCAAGUGAAGUAGAUAGUAAACAAAAGUGAAAUAAACAAUAAAUAUUAACAGUAAACAUUACACUCAGAAGUUUCAAAAGAAUAAAGACAUUUCAAAUGUCAUAUUAUGUAUAUAUACAGUGUUGUAACAAUGUGCAAAGAGUUAAAGUACAAAUGGGAAAAUAAAUAAAAAUAAAUAUGGGUUGUAUUUACAAUGGUGUUUGUUCUUCACUGGUUGCCCUUUUCUUGUGGCAACAGGUCACAAAUCUUGCAGCUGUGAUGGCACACUGUGGUUUUUCACCCAGUAGAUAAGGGAGUUUAUCAAAAUUGGGUUUGUUUUCGAAUUCUUUGUGGAUCGCUGUAAUCUGAGGGAAAUAUGUGUCUCUAAGAUGGUCAUACAUUUGGCAGGAGGUUAGGAAGUGCAGCUCAGUUUCCACCUCAUUUUGUGGGCAGUGUGCACAUAGCCUGUCUUCUCUUGAGAGCCAGGUCUGCCUACGGCGGCCUUUCUCAAUAGCAAGGCUAUGCUCACUGAGUCUGUACAUAGUCAAAGCUUUCCUUAAGUUUGGGUCAGUCACAGUGGUCAGGUAUUCUGCCACUGUGUACUCUCUGUUUAGGGCCAAAUAGCAUUCUAGUUUGCUCUGUUUUUUUGUUUGUUCUUUCCAAUGUGUCAAGUAAUUCUCUUUUUGUUUUCUCAUGAUUUGGUUGGGUCUAAUUGUGUUGUUGUUGUUGUUGUUGUUGUCCUGGGGCUGUGUGGGGUCUGUUUGUGUUUGUGAACAGAGCCCCAGGACAAGCUUACUUAGGGGACUCUUCUCCAAGUUCAUCUCUCUGUAGGUGAUGGCUUUGUUAUGGAAGGUUUGGGAAUCGCUUCCUUUUAAGUGGUUAUAGAAUUUAACGGCUCUUUUCUGGAUUUUGAUAAUUAGCGGGUAUUGGCCUAAUUCUGCUCUGCAUGCAUUAUUUGGUGUUUUACGUUGUACACGGAGGAUGUUUUUGCAGAAUUCUGCAUGCAGAGUCUCAAUUUGGUGUUUGUCCCAUUUUGUGAAUUCUUGGUUGGUGAGCGGACCCCAGACCUCAGAACCAUAAAGGGCAAUGGGUUCUAUAACUGAUUCAAGUAUUUUUAGCCAGAUCCUAAUUGGUAUGUCAAAUUUUAUGUUCCUUUUGAUGGCAUAGAAGGCCCUUCUUGCCUUGUCUCUCAGAUCGUUCACAGCUUUGUGGAAGUUACCUGUGGCGCUGAUGUUUAGGCCGAGGUAUGUAUAGUUUUUUGUGUGCUCUAGGGCAACGGUGUCUAGAUGGAAUUUGUAUUUGUGGUCCUGGCAACUGGACCUUUUUUGGAACACCAUUAUUUUUGUCUUACUGAGAUUUACUGUCAGGGCCCAGGUCUGACAGAAUCUGUGCAGAAGAUCUAGGUGCUGCUGUAGGCCCUCCUUGGUUGGUGACAGAAGCACCAGAUCGUCAGCAAACAGAAGACAUUUGACUUCAGAUUCUAGUAGGGUGAGGCCGGGUGCUGCAGACUGUUCUAGUGCCCUCGCCAAUUCGUUGAUAUAUAUGUUGAAGAGGGUGGGGCUUAAACUGCAUCCCUGUCUCACCCCACGGCCCUGUGGAAAGAAAUGUGUGUGUUUUUUGCCAAUUUUAACCGCACACUUGUUGUUUGUGUACAUGGAUUUUAUAAUGUGGUAUGUUUUUCCCCCAACCCCACUUUCCAUCAAUUUGUAUAGCAGACCCUCAUGCCAAAUUGAGUCAAAAGCUUUUUUGAAAUCAACAAAGCAUGAGAAGACUUUGCCUUUGUUUUGGUUUGUUUGUUUGUCAAUUAGGGUGUGCAGGGUGAAUACGUGGUCUGUCGUACGGUAAUUUGGUAAAAAGCCAAUUUGACAUUUGCUCAGUACAUUGUUUUCACUGAGGAAAUGAACUAGUCUGCUGUUAAUGAUAAUGCAGAGGAUUUUCCCAAGGUUGCUGUUGACGCAUAUCCCACGGUAGUUAUUGGGGUCAAAUUUGUCUCCACUUUUGUGGAUUGGGGUGAUCAGUCCUUGGUUCCAGAUGUUGGGGAAGAUGCCAGAGCUAAGGAUGAUGUUAAAGAGUUUAAGUAUAGCUAAUUGAAAUUUGUGGUCUGUAUAUUUUAUCAUUUUAUUGAGGAUACCAUCAACACCACAGGACCUUUUGGGUUGGAGGGUUUGUAUUUUUAUCCUGUAGUUCAUUCAAUGUAAUUGGAGAAUCCAGUGGGUUCUGGUAGUCUUUAAUAGUUGAUUCUAAGAUUUGCAUUUGAUCAUGUAUAUUUUUUUGCUGUUUGUUCUCUGUUAUAGGGCCAAAAAGAUUGGAGAAGUGGUUUACCCAUACAUCUCCGUUUUGGAUAGAUAGCUCUUCGUGUUGUUGUUUGUUUAGUGUUUUCCAAUUUUCCCAGAAGUGGUUUAGAUUCUAUGGAUUCUUCAAUUACAUGAGCUGAUUUCUGACAUGUGUUCCUUCUUUUUCCGUAGUGUAUUUCUGUAUUGUUUUAAGUUGAUUCACCAUAGUGAAUAACUCCUCUCACAUCCAUCUUCUACUCCCUUUAUCAUUUCUUGAUAUAUCUUUAUAUACUAUAUAGUUAUCUGAAUAUAUAUUUCUCUGCCUCGCUCUUUAUCUGCCUAUCUGUUUCUAUACAUCUAUCUUAUCUGAAUCUAUCUUUUCUUUAUCUAACACUAUCUAUUUCUCUUCACCUCUAUAAUUAUCUGACUUCUAUUUAUCUGCCUCGCUCUUUAUCUGCUAUCUGUUUCUCUCCCUAUUCUUCUAUCCCUAUCUCUUUUCUGUGCUCUAUUUCUCUGCCUCUCUCUUUCUCCUCUCAACUUUCUCUGCUCUAUCUUUCUCUGCACUCUACUUUCUUAUAUAUCUUUCUCAUUCUAUCUUCUUUAUUCUUCUCUAUCUAUCUACUUCCUUUCAUACUAUUCUUCAUAUUUUCUAUAUGCCUCUCUUUCUCUGCCUCUCUCUUUCUUGCUCUAUCUUUUUAUGCCUCUCUCAUUUCUCUCCUUUCUUUAUAUGCCUAUCUCUUCUUUCUCUGUCUCUUUAUUAUCUCUUUCUAUCUCUUUCUAUCCUCUCUCUUUCUUUACCUCUUCUUCUUUCUUCUGCCUUAUCUUCUCUAUAUUCUUCUUCCCCUCUCUUUAUUCCCCUUCUUCUAUACUCUUCUUAUCUGACUCUCUCUCUCCUCUUCUUCUUCAUUCUCUUUCUCUCUCUCUUCUUUUCUAUUCUUGCCUCUCUCUUUCUCUCCCUCUCUCUUUCUUCCCUCUCAUCUUUCUCUGCCUCUCUUUCUCUGCCUCUAUCUUCUCUCUUCUCUUUCUCCUCUCAUCUUUCUCUACUCUCUCUUAUCUCACUUCUCUUUAUCCUCUCUCUUUCUCUCCCUCUCUCUUUCCUCUUUUGCCCUUUCUCUUUCUCUCUCUUUUCUUGCCUCUCUCUUUCUCUGCCUCUCUCUUCUUGCCUCUCUCUUUCUCUCCUCUCUCUUCUUCCCUCUCUCUCUUUCUUGUCUUCCCUCUAUCUUUCUCUGCCUCUCUCUUUCUCUGCCUCUCUCUUUUCUCUUCUUUCUCUCCUCUCUCUUUUCUUCUCUCUUUUUUUUUUGCUUACAUUCACACUCCUGUCUUUAUCUCCUCUCUGUCUCCCUCUUUAGGAACACUUCACCCCGGAGUGUAAGUUCAAGGAGUCUGUGUUUGAGAACUACUACGUGACCUACUCCUCCAUGAUCUACAGACAGCAGCAGUCGGGCAGGGCCUGGUACCUUGGCCUCAACAAAGAGGGGGUCAUCAUGAAGGGGAACCAUGUGAAGAAGAAUAAACCGUCAGGCCACUUCAUCCCCAAGCCACUGAAAGGUGAGUGGGUCUUACUCUGAGAGGCUAUGAGUGGGUCUUAAGGCGUCCGCAUGCUUCCCAGCCGAAACAGUUCUGAAUGGUUGAUGCAUAUAUUAUGACGACAUUUUGUGACGUUUUUGAGCGUUUUUGUCCCGGCUGUUCGGACACACAAACAUUUUUAUGGAGGCAAACCAAAGUCGGUAGCCAAAGUCUACGCCCCUUCGUCUGUGAUUUGGUCAACAAUAGAGAUUCUUCAAUAAAGUAUUUGUUGUCAUUCAACAAGAGACAACUUCUUUAUUCAUGCACAUUUUUCAUUGAGAAAUACUGCACCAAAAAUAUUAGUUAGAUGUAAAAUUGCGCGACUAAGAAAUCCUUGGCAAAAACGUCAAAAUUAAUGACAGCAAUUUAUAUAGCAGAUUUCUUGAGUUAUCUUAAUUCUGACUAUUUUGAGGACGUGUAUACUGGCUAUGGCGUUCAAAAUGGACAAACAGUACUAUUGCCACUUUUUUCUCUUUUAAGGGAGUCGAACGGAAGCAUGCUGACGCCUUUACUCUGAGAGGGUCUUACUCUGAGAGUCUGUGUGUGUGUGUGUGUAUCUGUGUUGAAGGUUGUUGGGGGAACUGUUGGAGUUAAGGGGCUUGUUAGAAAGACUCACCCUAGUAUAUUGCAGAAGAAUAUCAUGUUUGUCAAAGGCAUGACCUCUGCACAAUACAGAUACCCAGAGUUUAUCUUUACCAUCUCUGCCUCUUUGUCUUCCAGUUGCCAUGUACAGGGAACCGUCUCUCCACGAUCUGACCGAGUUCUCCCGCUCCGACAGCGGUACUCCCACUAAGAGCCGCAGUGCAUCGGCCCUGCUGAACGGAGGAGGGAAGCCGCUGAGCCAGAACGAGCAGUCCACAUAG